AUGGCGUCUCAAUCCAAAGUCUCCCUCCCGGGGGACCGCACCGUCCGCGGCAUCGUCAUGGAGCUCACACGACUCUACCUGUCAAACCGGACACGCAUCUCCCGCGCCAUCUGGAUCACCCUCUUCGUCGCCCUCGUCAACCGCGUACGCCACGCCAUUUCCGAGCAAAAGGCUGCGUCGGCGCGUGAAGCCGUUCAGCGGGAAGCCCGUCGCGGCACAGUUUCGACAGGCGGCGAGGAAACGCCCAAGAAGAAGGUUGCGCUCGAUCGCCAGUUCUUCCGGUCGCUGUUGCGGCUGCUCAGAAUCGUGGUUCCGGGAUGGCGUAGCACGGAGGCCAGAAUGCUGAUCAGCCAUAGUUUCUUCCUGGUGCUGAGGACGUUGAUUAGCUUGCGUGUGGCGGAGAUGGAUGGUGCGAUUGUGAAGGCGUUGGUUAAGGGUAACGGCAAGGAGUUUUUGACGAGGAUCCUCAAGUGGAUGUUGAUUGCUGUGCCGGCUACGUUUACAAAUUCAAUGUUGUCGUAUCAUCAGGCGGAAUUGUCGCUCAAGUACAGGACGAGAUUGACGCAGUUUAUCCACGACAAGUACCUCUCCAACUUGACAUUUUACGGCAUCUCAGCGCUUGAUGACCGGAUAAAGAACCCCGAUCAGUUGAUUGCUGUGGAUGUUUCGAAAUUCUCUAAUAGUUUGGCGGAACUGUACAGCAAUUUGGCCAAGCCAAUUUUGGACAUGACCAUCUACACGUGGUCACUCUCCAAGAGCGUCGGUGGCGAGGGCGUCGUCUUCAUGUCACUCCUCGUUCAACUCUCCGCCAACAUCAUGAGAGUUCUCACGCCUCCUUUCGGCAAAUACGUCGCCGACGAAGCUAGACUGGAAGGCGAAUUCCGCUACCAACACUCGCGUCUCAUCGACUACAGUGAGGAAGUUGCCCUGUAUGGUGGCCAUGUCGCCGAAAAGGACACCCUAGACAAGGGAUAUUUCACGCUCAUCAAGCAUGUUAACUACAUUCUGAGACGGCGAUUCUACCACGGUUUUAUGGAGGACUUUGUCAUCAAGUAUUUCUGGGGCGCACUGGGUCUCCUUCUUUGCAGCGUGCCCGUGUUCGUCAAGUUACCCGGUCAGGUCACGAUGAACAUGGGCGACAGAACCGAGUCGUUUGUCACCAACAGACGAAUGUUGCUGUCUGCCUCUGAUGCAUUUGGCCGUGUCAUGUUCUCCUACAGGGAGAUCAUGGAGCUAGCAGGCUAUACUUCGCGAGUUGCGUCGCUUUUGGAUGUCAUGGACGAUAUCCAGUCUGGACAUUUUGAGAAGAGACUCGUUUCUUCUAGCGGCACAGAGGACAACGAGGCUGUUCUUCGUGGACGCGGAACUGUUCAUGAGAGUGAGGACAUCAUCACCUUCAUUGAUGUCCCGAUCAUCUCACCAAACGGCGACGUCCUCGUCAAAGCCCUCUCAUUCUCUCUAUCUCAAGGCGACCACCUCCUCGUCGUCGGCCCCAACGGCUGCGGCAAAUCCUCACUCUUCCGCAUCCUCGGCGGCCUCUGGCCCGUCUACGGCGGCACCGUCUACAAACCUCCCUUCCACGCAAUCUUCUACCUCCCCCAGCGACCAUACCUCUCACGCGGCUCCCUCCGCCAGCAAAUCAUCUACCCCGACUCCCUGCGACAAAUGCGCGCCCGCGGCGUCACCGACAGCGACCUCAUGUCCAUCCUCAAGCUGCUCGAACUCGAACACCUCGUGGAGCUAUAUCCCGAAGGAUGGGACGCCGAAGCGGAAUGGCGUGACGUACUGUCCGGUGGGCUGCAGCAGCGCGUCGCCAUGGCACGGCUCUUCUACCACCGGCCCAAGUACGCUAUUCUGGAUGAGUGCACGUCCAGCGUUACGCUGGAGACCGAAAAGGUCAUGUAUGAUAAUGCCAAGGCCCUGGGCAUCACGCUCAUGACGGUUAGUCACAGGAGGAGUUUGUGGAAGUAUCAUACCCAUAUUUUGCAGUUUGACGGUCAGGGCAAGUAUGUCUUUACGAAGCUGGAUGCCGAUAGGAGGUUGAAGUUGGAGGAUGAGAAGGAGGAGUUGGAGGUUAAGUUGCGGCAGGUUCCUGAGCUGGAGAGGAGGUUGGAGGAGUUGACGGCUGUAUGA